AUGGCGAGCCAAUAUCCGGGUGGCUAUGACAACGGCCAUCAACUCAGUGACAUCCCCCCUGGAAAUGCUUACCGCCCCAAUGAACAUCAUUCAGACGACGAAGCAGAGCAUUCCUUGCUACACCAGAACGCUGCAUAUCAGUCGCAAUACGAUGACCCCCAUUCCCGCCCGUUGACGCCAGGGCAAGAGUCGAUCUACACCCUGAAUGAGACGUAUGUAGGGGGAGACAAGUCACAAGCCCCAGUCACAGGAUACAACCCUCAGCAUACUCAGGCGUAUGGGGGAGGCUAUGGCUUGAGCAAUACGCAGGCCGGGUUUCCUACCCCGGGCUAUCCUGAUCCGACUGAGCGCAGCAAUUCUACGGAGGCAUGGAAGCAACGACAGGCUCCUGGCUUCGGCACAGUCAAACGCUACGCUACACGAAAAGUCAAGGUCGUCAACAGCGUGCUGAGUAUCGACUAUCCGGUGCCCAGUGCCAUCCAAAACGCAAUUCAGUCCAAAUACCGGACCGACCUCGAGGGUGGGAGCGAGGAGUUUACCCACAUGCGCUACACGGCUGCUACCUGCGAUCCCGAUGAUUUUACCCUAAAGAACGGCUACAACCUUCGUCCCGCCAUGUACAACCGGCACACCGAGCUCCUCAUCGCAAUCACGGCCUACAACGAAGACAAGGUCUUGACCGCCCGCACAUUGCACGGAGUGAUGCAGAAUAUCCGCGACAUCGUCAACCUCAAGAAAUCCGAGUUCUGGAACAAGGGCGGACCGGCCUGGCAGAAGAUCGUCGUAUGUAUCAUCUUCGAUGGCAUCGACCCGUGCGACAAGAACACCUUGGAUGUUCUUGCGACCGUUGGUGUGUAUCAAGAUGGGGUCAUGAAGAAGGACGUCGAUGGCAAGGAGACCGUGGUCCAUCUCUUCGAAUACACAACCCAGCUCUCCGUGACAGCGAAUCAACAGCUCAUUCGGCCGAGCGACAAUGACCCAACGUCGUUGCCCCCAGUGCAGAUGAUGUUCUGUCUAAAGCAGAAGAACAGCAAGAAGAUCAACUCCCACCGAUGGUUGUUCAAUGCGUUUGGCCGCAUCCUCAACCCGGAAAUCUGUAUUCUUCUAGAUGCCGGCACUAAGCCCGGCUCGAAGGCUAUCAUGGCUCUGUGGGAGGCGUUCUAUAACGACAAGGAUCUCGGAGGUGCUUGCGGUGAAAUCCACGCCAUGUUGGGUCGCGGGGGUGUUUUUGGACGAAAACUCUUGAACCCUCUGGUCGCCGCGCAGAACUUUGAAUACAAGAUCAGUAACAUCUUGGACAAACCAUUGGAGAGCUCUUUUGGCUACGUCAGUGUGCUCCCCGGUGCGUUCUCAGCAUAUCGUUUCCGAGCGAUCAUGGGUCGUCCGCUGGAGCAGUAUUUCCACGGCGAUCACACCCUGUCGAAGCGGCUGGGAAAGAAGGGUAUCGAAGGCAUGAACAUCUUCAAGAAGAACAUGUUCUUGGCCGAGGAUCGUAUCCUGUGUUUCGAACUGGUCGCUAAGGCAGGUUCGAAAUGGCAUCUGACCUACGUCAAGGCCUCCAAAGCUGAAACCGACGUGCCUGAAGGAGCGGCAGAAUUCAUCGGUCAACGUCGACGUUGGCUCAACGGUUCCUUUGCCGCCUCCAUCUACUCGCUCAUGCACUUCUCCCGUAUGUACAAAUCCGGCCACAACAUCAUCCGAAUGCUCUUCUUCCACAUUCAAAUGAUCUACAACAUUGUGUCGGUUAUCCUUUCCUGGUUCUCGCUCGCGGCUUUCUGGCUCACCACCAAAAUUCUCAUGGAUCUGGUGGGUCAACCCAGCAGUAACAACAACAACAAAGCUUUCCCGUUCGGCAACAGUGCGACACCAAUCAUCAACACCGUCCUGCAAUACGCUUAUCUGGCCUUCCUGCUCUUGCAAUUUAUCCUGGCCUUAGGUAACCGUCCCAAGGGUUCCAAGGUUGCAUACAUCAUCUCGUUCUGCGUCUUCGCCGUCAUUCAGCUUUACGUGAUCGUCCUGUCCAUGUAUCUGGUGGUCAAGGCAUUCACUUCGAAAGAUGGCACUGAUAUUGUCACUAACGAAGGGGCUAACGAAUUCCUCAAAUCCUUCUUCGCCUCGACCGGACCUGGUAUCGUCAUCAUCGCGCUGGCGGCUACAUUCGGGUUGUAUUUCGUGGCUUCGUUCAUGUAUCUGGAUCCUUGGCACAUGUUCACCUCGUUUUUCCAGUACCUGCUCCUCAUGCCGUCCUUCAUCAACAUCCUCAUGAUCUACGCCUUUAGCAACUGGCACGACGUCUCGUGGGGAACCAAAGGCUCGGACAAGGCGGACGUGCUACCUUCGGCCCAAACAAAGAAGGACGAAAAGGGCAAGGCGACGGUUGUGGAAGAAGUGGACCGACCGCAAGCCGACAUCGACUCUCAAUUUGAGGCUACAGUGCGGCGUGCUUUGGCGCCGUACGUGCCACCUGAGGAGAAGGAAGACAAAACGCUGGAAGAUUCGUACAAGAACUUCAGAACUCGACUGGUGGCGACGUGGAUCUUUUCGAAUGCCUUGCUCUCGGUUGUCAUUACUAGUGACAGCGUCGACAACUUUGGGUUUACUUCUAGGGCAACCAGCCGAAGCAACCACUUUUUCCAAGCGCUCUUAUGGACCACGGCAGCUCUUUCCGUUAAACAACAGCAACAGAAGGAUGAACAGGCACAAGGAGUGACGCAGAAGAAGAAGAAGGUCACAGCCGCUCAACUUCGCGUGCAAAAAGAUCUAAGUGAAUUGUCCCUCGGGUCGACCAUGAAGACGACAUUUCCCAAUCCCGACGACAUCCUCAACUUUACUCUCACGAUCGAACCAGAUGAAGGCAUGUACAAGGGUGGUAGCUUUGUGUUCAACUUUGCCAUCAACCAGAACUUCCCGCACGAUCCGCCCAAGGUCAAAUGUACGCAGAAGAUCUACCAUCCAAACAUUGACCUAGAUGGAAAUGUCUGCUUGAAUAUCCUAAGAGAGGAUUGGAAGCCGGUAUUGAAUCUAAACGCCGUCAUCGUGGGCAUGCAGUUUCUCUUCCUCGAGCCCAAUGCGUCCGAUCCGCUCAACAAGGAGGCGGCUGAAGAUCUCCGAAACAACCGAGAGGGUUUCCGGCGUAAUGCAAGGACGGCGAUGGGAGGCGGGUCUGUGAAAGGACAGACUUAUGAUCGAGUAUUGCGGUGA